AUGAGUUUGCCUACCCUCUUGAGAGCCACUUGUUCCAAUGUCUUACGCCAAAAUAUCCUGCGACACCAACCUCGUGUUAUUCGUAAAGCAGCAUCAGUCGCAUUGUCGAGUCAAUUGAAGCCGAUCGCUUGGCAACGCAAUGCAUUGGUUGCAACGCGUCGUUUCACUUCAGCUACCGAGAAUAAUACUGUUGACUAUGAAUACAUUCAAACGAUCAUAAAAGACAACAAGCAGAACACCCAUCUUAUCGACGUCCGAGAGCCUAAUGAAUUGUUGCAAGGGUCCAUCCCAUCGGCAAAAAAUGUUCCCUUGAGCAAAUUUCUCGUAGCAUGGAGUAUGUCAGAAGAGGAUUUUGAGGAUGAAUUUGGAUUCGAAAAACCAAGCGACGGUGACGAAGUUGUUCUUUACUGCCAAGCUGGUAUCCGAUCCAACAAAGCGGCAGAUUUCUUGCGUGAGAUUGGAUACAAGCGCGUAUUCAAUUACCCUGGAAGCUGGGCGGAUUAUGCCGAGCGAACCAAAUCUGGAUGA